AUGAAUCGAGUAAAAAAGAAAGCCGCAGCAACCAAGCGUAAGCAGACGGUGCCUUUGGUUCAACGCAAGAAGCAGCCGGUUGAAUCCGACAUCGAUUCCUACGAUUCCAUGGUGGACAACGGAACCGAUGAAGACGACGACGACGAUGGUGACGAUCAUCGUGACAUUUCGAACGGUCACAACGUACCAUACGAGGAUGACGAAAGCCCCGACAGUGGGCACGAAAGUGGCGCCUUUGUGCGGCUGCCGAAAGCUAAACCAUCCACCGGCCGCCAGCAUGCCAAACGAAAAGCGGCAGCCCACGAGGACGAAGAAGCUCACCGGAAGCGGUUGAAGGCGAUCAAAGAACUGUACAAACCACCGACAGUGGAGGAAAUCAAUCGGCUGAAGGAGACGGAGAAUUACUACCACUCCAAUCUGUUCCGGAUGCAAACGGAACAAAUGCUGAAGGAGGUCCGUGUCCCCGCCAAGGUGGGACGCUUCGUGCACGUCUGGUUGGAGGAGUUUAAGGGCAUUCUGAGAGGCAUCGAAGAAGCACCCAUCGCUCGUGGUCUAUUGGAGGUUACUUACGAUGGCAUCGAGUUUCCACUUCAGCUCGAGGAUUCUCAUCUGCGGGAUGUUUUGGGCAUGGGAAGGUUCCAGUACUGCCCCCAGCAAAACGUACGCAUCAUCGGUGGCGGUGGCGGAGUGCUGCGAACUUCGUUCGGUAAGCCCCUGAUCGUGGACCUGAUCCUCGCCAUGCCCGAUAAGUGCUUCCACAAGGAUGACUAUCUUAACCUUCGUUAUCACUGCAAAAGAGCGCACUAUCUGUGCACGAUUGCCGAGCACAUACUUCGUGCCACACAUCAAAGUGUGGGCGAAGUUCGUUUCGUUCCGCUGAAAGGUGAUCAUUUGAAGCCAGUCCUCGAAAUGGUGCCAUCAGAUGAAAAAUUCGUGCACAAGGUACACUUUCGCCUGCACGCCGUACCCGAGGGUGGCAAGUUUUCAAAAACACGCUUCCUCCCGGCAAACAACAACGUCCGACCGGCGCUGGUUGGCCACGUCGCAGAGGCCGAAAGUUACGAGAGGUUCCCAACGCCCCACUACAACUACUCGAUUGCGUAUGAUUUGCGUGUCGUGAAGAAUGCGGAACUGCUCGAAAGCAUCAUCCAGUCGGAUAGUGUGCGGGAAGCGAUUGUGCUGCUGAAGGUGUGGGCCAGCCAACGCUGCUUCAACCAGGGACGGUACGGUUUCGAUGGAGGCCUGAUCACGUUCUACGUUGCGUAUCUGCUGCACUGUCGACGGAUCUACCCGAACAUGAGCAGCUAUCAGAUUAUACGACUGUUUUGGAAUCAGCUAGCGGCAAGCACCUGGGACACGGAGGGACUGUCCUUUGAGGCGAGCAACCGUGAAUUGAUCGCAUCGUUUCGCCAGUUCCAUGAAGUGGUGUUUCUCGAUCCGAUCGGCGUGCUCAAUUUGACCGCGAACCUACCGCUCGAUCUGUACCGCCGUGUCCGGCAUGAAAGUGCCCUCGCAAUCCGUCUGCUUGAUAACCGGAAGAUCAACAGCUUUCUGCCACUGUUUCUGGCCAGCUAUCCGGUGUUCAGUCAGUACGAUCACAUCGUCUCCCUGCGCGAACCGGGACUCGUGCCGGCAACAAUCGAAUCUUUCGCGGAGGACAUCGACCGGCUCGAUUUUGUUGGGGACCGACGGGCGCUGUUUGUGAAAAUGAUUGAACGGUUGCUCCGAAAGGGUCUCGGAUCGCGGGUUACUUGCUUGGUGCCAUUACCCGGCACACAAGCUAACCAAGGGGAUACAGCCGACGAUGGAUGUACGAUCGGUAUUGUUCUAAACCCCUCGGAAGCAUUCAAUCUGGUCGAUAAAGGUCCCGAAGCGAUUAAGGUGGAUGCGAGCGAAGAAUUCCGAACGUUUUGGAGGGGAAAGGCAGAACUUCGUCGCUUCAAGGAUGGUUCGAUCACGGAAUCGUGCGUGUGGGGACAAUCGGACGAUCCGAUCGGGCAGAAACGUUUGAUCGUACGUUCGAUCGUGCUGUUUCUGUUGCAAGCGCACUACGACAUACCGGCGAAGAAGGUCAGCUAUCUGGCGGCUCAGUUCGAAACGGCACUGCAUCCGUGGCCACGGAAAGAGCUCGAGAUGCUCCACGAAACAAUCGAAGAGCGUUCGCUUGCCAUCAUCCGGGCAUUCGACUCGCUCAGUCGAAUGAUGCGCGAUCUCGAGAAGUUACCACUAACGAUCAAUGCAAUCACCGGAACAGACGGAGUCUUUCGGUACACCGAUCCUGAUCCAGCGCGACCGACCGCAAGUGGGCUGCUUGUCAAUGGGCAGCUCGUGUUUCUGAGUGGCAAACCCAUUCACGCAACGAUUCAGCUCGAAGCGAGCGGCAAGUGGCCGGAUCAGCUGGAGGCGAUCCGUCGCCUUAAAACGGCCUUCUAUCUACGGAUCGCCGAAUGCAUCGGUAAGGCAAAGGGCACCACCGGGAAACCCGUGGCCCAAGCGUACAACGAGUAUCUGGAUGUGCUCUAUGAGAAAUUCCUGUUCCGUUUCGUCAUCAUCCAUCAGCGCGAGAUCUCGAUCCUGCGAGAGUAUCUAGCCGAAAACAAGGUCACCCGUAUGCUGCAGGAUACGGACGAAAGCAUUGGGCUCGAGAUGCAGGCUAUCAUUCUGCCUAACCUAACCGGCAUUCUUCAUGGUCUGCAUCAGCAGCACUUUUCCUUCGGUUCGGUGGCGGCCAUUGCCAAAAGGUGGUUGUACGCACAGUUGAUCGAUCCGUACCACUGGCCGGACGAGUGCACGGAGUUGCUAUUGGCCUCGCUAUAUCUCAAUCAGCCCCUGCAUCCUUCGGUUCAACCCCAGGCCGGUUUUCUACGCUGGCUCCAGUUCAUCGCGACCACCGACUGGAGCAAGGAGAUGGUGGUGGUGAACUUUAACGACGAACUUUCCUCCGAAACGAUCGACGAGCUGGAGCGUGAGUUUGGCGAUCGUCGUGACCGUUUUCCGCCGCUCACGAUCGUCACACCGUGCGACGGUUAUGGGCGCUACGGGUUGUUCGGACGACGGGCACCGACAGUACCGAUUCUGAACCGUGUGUCGCUACUGGCGAAGGUGGCGAUCGGGAUGAUCGACGAGAAUUUUCGUACGAUCCGUCGUAAGAUUCAGAACUUCUUCAAGCCCUCGUACGACGGUUACAAUAUGAUCAUCCACCUCGACCCUUCGAUCAUACCGUCGAUCGGUAUACGGAGCGCUGCAAGCAUUGGCAAUCGCGAACCGCCCAGUCUUUUCGCUCAGCCAGCCGGCAAGGAACCGGCCGCCGGGUUCGAUCCCGUGCGGUUCUACUUACGCGAGCUCCGUGAAGCCUACCGAAAGUUUGCCCUUUUCUUCUACGAUCCGUGCGGUGGCGAUCGUAUUGCCGUCCUCUGGCGCCCCGAAGCACUCGAAGAGAAACCAUUUACGAUGUCGAAUGUAAACGGUCGUAUGCUGAGUGGAACGGAAGCGGAUGGCACACUGCGGUUGAAUGUGGACGCGUUGAUACGAGACUUUGAAAUCAUUGGCCAAGGAUUGGUGACGCGUGUGGAGCGUCGAUGAACUGCCAGAGACCCGAACAGGUCUGUCCAUCGGAAGAAGAAGAAUUGGUCACUAUCUGUAGGCCAAUAAAAAAACAUA